GCUGGCCCAUCAUCCUCAAGAAUAAACCAGCCUGUGACAGAUCAAUGUCACAUUUCCAACCCAUUUUUCUCUUUAAGUUUUAUUAUCACUUCCUCAAAAACCAUAUCAGUCCUCAACCCCCACCUCUUAUGGUGCACAACCAUCCUCCAAUUUCCUCUCUCUAUCUCCCCACUUUCUCUCUCUAAACCCCCACCUUCUCUCUCUAGCCCCCUGAAUAUCCAUGGCCUCAAGAAUCCUUCACUCCAUGACUACAAACCAGUCACUGCCCAUAACCCACCAAGAAAGAGCCUCAGAGUCUGAGAAGAUGGGUCUUAGGAAGAGGCUCUCUUCUCUAAGCCUCAAAUACAACCCAGGUUCUCUCUCUAACAGCGCUUCUCUCUCUUACCUCUCAUGGAGGAGAUCCAAGUCCAUGUCGUCUCUAGCAGAUGAUGCAGGUUUCUCAAUCAAGAAAUGGUGGAAUUGGGGUUGGGGUUGGAUCCUCUCAAAGAAGGCAGAGUUUGCUAAAGAUCUUGAGAUGAAUGAAGGUGAGACAAUGCUUGGUUGUGGCUCCAAAGGGAGGCUAAGCCAUGUGUUUUCGAAGGUGAGAUCUGAAAUUAGGAGGAUUAUUAGCCCUAGACCUGCGAAUAAAAAAUUUAACUAUGAUUCCUAUAGUUAUGCUCAGAAUUUUGAUAAUGGGGGUAGAAAUUAGGGUCACAAAAUGAACCCAUUUACUCUUGGUGUAUGCCAAGCUGCAAUACUUGCAUGGAAAUUCAAUAUAUAUCAUAGUUUUGGAAGUGGGGUGAUCUAGGCCUCUGGGCAAAAGAAUGGAUGGUCCGGAUCUAGAUCUGCGUUAUAUGAUAAGUCAUGUACAUUUGAUGAUGGUCUUACUAUGUUGCUUCUCUCUAGGUUCAUUCUUUUGUUUAAAUUUGUUGUUUUCAGUCAAUGGGUAUCAUGUGAAAUGCAGUAAAGGGAAGAUAGUGUACGAGUUCAUAUGAAGCUCCAUGUAUUUAUUUAAAGCAACUAUGAAGCUCAAUGUAUUUAUUGAAAGCAAUUCAAAUAAGAGAACUACUAUUUUAGAAA